CAGCCCAGAGCAGGGCUGUCCAUCCUCGCAGCGAGUGUCUCAGGACGCCCCGCUCUAAGUCUCCGAAAACCUGUUAGCCACGCAGAGCUCUCCCAGAAGCACCUGCCGGCUCCCCUGGCCAUCAGCUAAUGCCGAAAAGCCACAAGUUUGGGCAGCAGCCGAGGCACAACCUGCUUCCCUCCCCGCCCUCUCCAAAGGCAGAAAUGAGUUUCUUCCCGCAGCAGCCACCGCCAUUCGGCGCCCCAGGAGGACAAAUGAGGUUUCCCCCCAACAUGAUGGGUUCUCCCCACCUGGGAGAGAAGAACCAAGGCUUCCUCACCAAGAACUUCAACUUGAUGACAUUGAACCCUCAGAUGCCAGGAGAAACCAGGGGCCCUGAGAGGACAAAGGGGCUCGAGAACAACCUGUACAACCAGUACGAGGAGAAGGUGCGCCCCUGCAUCGACCUCAUUGACUCCCUGCGGGCCCUGGGCGUGGAGCAGGACCUGGCCCUGCCCGCCAUCGCCGUCAUCGGGGACCAGAGCUCGGGCAAGAGUUCCGUGCUGGAGGCGCUGUCGGGCGUCGCCCUUCCCAGGGGCAGCGGAAUCGUGACCAGAUGUCCGCUGGUGCUGAAGCUGAAGAAGCAGGUGGCGGGACAGUCCCUGUGGACGGGGAAGAUCAGCUACCGGAGCACAGAGCUCCAGCUCCAGGACCCCUCCCAGGUGGAGAGGGAAAUAUACAAAGCCCAGAACACCAUAGCCGGGAAUGGAGUUGGCAUCAGCCAUGAGCUCAUCAAUCUGGAGAUCACCUCCCCCGAGGUUCCGGAUCUGACCCUCAUUGAUCUUCCUGGCAUCGCCAGGGUGGCUGUGGGAAACCAGCCCCAGGACAUCGGACUGCAGAUCAAGGCACUCAUCAAGAAGUACAUCCAGAGGCAGCAGACCAUCAACUUGGUGGUGGUGCCCUGUAACGUGGACAUCGCCACCACAGAGGCGCUGAGCAUGGCUCACGAGGUGGACCCCGAAGGAGACAGGACCAUAGGGAUCCUGACCAAACCGGACCUGGUGGACAAGGGCGCCGAAAAAAAUGUGGUGAACGUGGCGCAGAACCUCACCUACCGCCUCAAGAAGGGCUACAUGAUAGUCAAGUGCCGGGGCCAGCAGGAGAUCACCGACAAGCUGAGCCUGGCGGAGGCCACCAAGAAAGAAACAAUGUUCUUCCAGACGCACCCGUAUUUCAGAGUCCUCCUGGAGGAAGGCAAGGCCACGGUGCCCCGUCUGGCGGAAAGACUCACCACCGAGCUCAUCUGGCACAUCAACAAAUCACUCCCGCUGUUGGAAAAUCAGAUCAGGGAGAGCCACCUGAGCGCCACGGAGGAGCUGCGCCAGUGCGGGGAGCACAUCCCCAACACCGACGCCGACAAAAUGUUCUUUCUGGUCGAGAAAAUUAAAGUGUUUAAUCGGAACAUUGAAAGGUUAGUAGAUGGAGAAGAAGUCGUGAAGGAAAAAGAGACCCGCUUAUACAACAAACUCAGGGAGGAGUUUAAAAACUGGGUCCUCGUACUUGCAGCCAAUUCCCAAAAAGUUAAAAAUAUUAUCCAUGAAGAAGUCUCAAAAUAUGAAAACCAGUACCGGGGCAAAGAACUUCUUGGGUUUGUCAACUACAAGACAUUCGAGACCAUCGUGCAGCAGUACAUCCAGCAGCUGGUGGAGCCCGCCCUGAGCAUGCUCCAGAAGACUGUGGAAACCGUCCGGCAAACGUUCAUUGACACGGCCAAAACACAUUUUGGCGAAUUUUCCAACCUUAACCAAACAGCCCGGAGCAAGAUUGAAGACAUAAAAACAAAGCAGGCAGAGGCAGCCGCCAACAUGAUCCACCUGCAGUUCAGGAUGGAGCAGCUCGUUUACUGCCAAGACCAGAUUUACAGCGAGAUUCUGCAAAGAAUUCGGGAGCAGGUUUUUAACACGGACGGAAGCAUGUCGCAGGCUCCUUCCCUGAAACUGUCUGCUUCCAAUAACCCGUCUUCUGUUUCCUCCAUCACUGAGAUCGGGAUGCACCUGAACGCAUACUUCUUGGAGACCAGCAAGCGGCUCGCCAACCAGAUCCCAUUCAUAAUCCAGUAUUUUAUGCUCCAAGAGAAUGGCGAUUACUUGCAGAAAGCCAUGAUGCAGAUGCUGCAGGAAAAGGAUCAGUAUUCCUGGCUGCUCCAGGAGCAGAGCGAGACCGCCCUCAAGAGGAAAUUCCUUAAGGAGAAGAUUUACCGGCUCACCCAGGCGCGGCGCACUCUCUAUAAAUUCUCCUCUUAAAGGGGGCAGAUAGAUGGGAGGGCAAUAAUACUUGGGAGUUUUAUGUUCUGUGCAUUCAUUGGAAGGGGAUGUGGUGCAGGGAGUGGCUUCUGGUUCGGGGCCCGCCUUUCCCGUUGCUGUCUGUCCAUCUUCGCUGAACUGCCCCAGAGUUUAGAUCUGAAGUCUACACUUGCUGAGAGCUGUCACCUGCACCUGCGUGAACAGAUGUCUCUCCAGUCCCUGACCCCAUUGCCUCCAGUUACAGCUUUCUUAACUACUGCUGUCACUCCUUGUGCAUUUGUCUCUCCCCACCCAUCUGAUUAGGACACCCCCGAGAGGAAAAGUCAGCAUUAUAGUCUUCUUCCAUAUUUCCAGAAUCUUGCAUGGCACCUGGCACACAGUAGCCGCUCAAUAAAUGCUAUCUCAUUGCACAAAGGAAUGAUGGAGAUUACCUGAGGCCAUGGCUGGAAUUAGACUUUGCUUAUUGGGGAUGAUGUCCCUUAGCCGGUCAUUUUCAGAUGAAUUGGGUCAUGCCACCUGCUGUGAUCACAUUUCCCAGCUCCCCCUGGGAGAGAAGGACCUGAACGACAGAUACUAUUAUUAAUUAUAUUGUUUCCCUAGUUACAACAAGCUCCCUGAAACCAUUUCUACAAACUACCUGUCCCAGGAGCUUGGGUUAAGAAAUGCCAGCAAUUCUUCCCUCCAGCAAAGACCUCUUUUUUUCCUUAUUUCUAUGUUCACAGAGCAGCCCUCACUACUGAAGCUCUUCCGCCUGCUCUUAUGUUAGUUCUCUGAUACUUUCUGAGCCAAUUGCUGUAGAUAACAGUCCAGUUUCAUUCUUGCGCAUGUGGAUGUUCAGUUUUCCCAGCCCCAGUGGUUGAAAAAAAACUGUCCUUUCCCUCACUGUCCUGGCACCUCGUCAAAAAGAAUCUGACCAUAUGUACGAUGGCUUAUUUCUGGGCUCUCUGUUCCAUUCCGUCGGUCUGUAUGUCUGUCUGCAUGCCAGCACCACAGCUGUGAUAACUGUAGCUUUGCAGUAUGUUUCGAAAUGAAGGAGUGUGAGCCUUUCAGCUUUGUUCGUCGUUCUCAGCAUUACUUUGGUUAUUUGUAGUCCCUUAGGGUUCCAUAUGAAUUUUAGGAUGGGUUAUUUUUUAUCUCUGCAGAAAAUGUUAUUGGGAUUUUAUAGGCAUUGCAUUAAACCCGCAGAUCACUUAGGUUAGUAUUUGCAUUUUAAAAAUAUUAAGUCUUCCAUUCCAUAAACACAGGAUGUCUUUCCACUCAUUUAUAUCUAUUUCAAUUUCUUGAAGCAAUGUUUUGUAGUUUUCAUUGUACAAGUCUUUCACUUCCUUGGUUAAGUUAGUUCCUAUGUUUUUUAUUCCUUUUGAUGGUAUUGUAAAUGUAACUGUUUUCUUAAUUUUCUUUUCUAAUUAUUCAUUAUUAAUCUACAAAAAUUCAACUGAUUUUUAUGUGUCCAAUUUGUACCUUGCCACUUUGUUAAAUUCAUUUAUUAGUUAAAACAGUUUUUUGGUGUUUUAUUUGUGUGUGUGUGUGUGUGUGUGCGUGUGUGUGUGUGUGUGCGUGUGUGUGUAAUCUUUAUGGCUUUCUACCUACAAGUUCAUAUCAUCUGAAUUUUAUCUCUUUACUUUGCUUAAUUGCUCAGGCUAGAACUUUCAACACUAUGUGGAAUGAAAGUGCCAAAAGUGGGGAUUCUUGUCUUGUAAAGCUAUUCUGGUUCUAAAGAACUUUUGUCAUAUUGAAGCUAAAGAUGAAGAGAAUUUAAAAGACAAAACAUUAGUUUAGGUAUUCUUUGCUUUUUAAAAAAAUUUGGCUUCUCCCCCUUAUUGUAUGAGUUAGUCAAGUACCGAGAGUCAGUGGCAGAGCUGAAGAGAAGAAUCAAAUCCCCUCAAAUUAUAAAUACUGUUGUGAAAACAGCCUGAGAAAAUAAAGUCUGCUGCUUAAUAUUUGCUCCAUAAA